AUGUCGAGAUCUAUCAGGAUCAAGUGCUUGCUCGUGAUCGAUGUAGCCUUCUUCUUGGUCGAGCUCAUCGUUGGUCAUUGGGUCGGAAGUUUAGCUCUCGUUGCAGAUAGCUUUCACAUGCUCAAUGAUGUCUUUUCUCUUCUCGUGGCAUUAUAUACUAUCAAACUCGCUCGACGAAUGAAAAGUGAAAAAUACUCAUAUGGUUGGCAGCGCGCCGAGAUAUUAGGUGCACUUGUCAAUAGUGUCUUCCUUCUGGCGCUUGCAUUUUCAAUUUUGCUUCAAGCUAUCCAAAAGGCAAUCGAACCUGCUGAGGUUCAAAAUCCCAAAUUAGUUGUGAUUGUUGGGAGCUUGGGAUUGGCUUUCAAUAUCCUUGGACUCGCUUUAUUCCACGAGCAUGGCCAUUCUCACGGAGGUGCUGGUCAUACCCAUUCAUAUCCACCUAUCAAGGAAAAGGCUACCUUAAGGGAACAAUCGAGCUCAAAUACCCCGCUAGACGAAGUUGGUAUCCAUUCUUCACAUGCAGAAAAUAAUCCUAUCCGGGCAACUGAUUUACCAGAAUUCCAGUCAGAGUACCCUCAUAUCCAAACCCCAACUUCUAGUCAACCUAUUCACACAGAACUGAAUCAGCAUGAAUCUCAUCCGAAUUCUACUAUGGAUCAACAUCAGACUCAUACCUCUCAUUCACAUAUGAAUAUGCAUGCUGUCUUUCUACACGUUCUUGGUGAUGCUCUAGGGAAUGUUGGAGUGAUAUUAAGUGGAUUACUCAUUUGGUUCGUACCGGUGGUACAUGAAUCUGGAAGAAUAACUCACAAUCGUUGGGUGCUCUAUGUGGAUCCGGUUGUUACAUUGAUCAUCUCAAUCUUCAUCUUCUGUUCGGCCCUUCCUUUAGUCAGAUCUGCGAGCUUCAUUUUAUUACAAGGUACACCAACGAAUGUGGACACGAGUGAAGUCCGGAAAUCAAUACAAUCUAUCGAUGGAGUACUACAAGUUCAUGAGCUCCAUAUUUGGAGCUUAUCCGAAUCUAAAUCAGUCGCAUCUGUUCACGUCUUGAUAAAAAGUCAUGAUGAAUUCACUCGAGUUAGUUCUCAAAUUAGAAAACGUCUUCACAAAUUUGGAAUUCAUUCAAGGUAA